AUGAAGAGAACAAACAUUCCAAAGCGCCAUGUGAUAGUAAUUUUGACGUUCAUCUGCACUUCUGUCUGCUACAUAGAACGUGUAGGUUUUUCCAUUGCAUAUACUGCUGCUUCUGAUGCCACAGGAGUAAAUCAAACAAGCAAGGGCAUGAUACUUUCAACAUUCUAUUAUGGGGAUGCCUGUUCACAAGUUCCGGGCGGUUGGGCAGCCCAAAAAAUUGGGGGAAGGCGUAUUCUCCUACUUUCAUUUGUUUUAUGGUCUAUAACAUGUGCUUUUGUGCCACUUGAUCUGAACCGAGUUACGAUACUGGUGAUAGCCCGCUUGCUGGUCGGAGUUGCACAAGGCUUCAUCUUUCCCUCCAUUCACACUGUACUGGCACAAUGGGUACCACCACAUGAAAGAUCAAGAUCUGUUUCCCUGACAACUUCCGGGAUGUAUUUUGGUGCAGCUGCAGGAAUGCUUGUUCUUCCGAGUGCCAUUUGGUCUGUACUUUGGUUUAAGUAUGCCAUUGACCCACCUCGUUCUGAGCAUCCAAAAGCCACUGCUGCUGGAUUUGGGGAAUUUUUGUUGCCAAUUAAAGGGAAUCAAAAGACGAAAGUUGAGAAUGGAGGACAUUCCAUCAGCUCCCCAAAAAUUCCAUGGAAGAAAAUUAUUUUCAGUUUGCCAGUUUGGGCAAUUGUGGUGAAUAAUUUCACUUUCCAUUAUGCUCUUUACGUGCUCAUGAACUGGCUUCCGACGUACUUUGAAUUGGACCUCCAGCUUAGUCUUGAAGACAUGGGAUCUUCUAAGAUGAUGCCUUAUUUCAACAUGUUUCUGUUCUCAAAUAUUGGUGGGGUGAUUGCAGAUCACUUGAUUACCAGGAGAGUCUUGUCUGUGACUAGAACAAGAAAGCUUUUAAAUACCAUAGGAUUUGUGGUGGCUUCUUUUGCAUUAAUGGCUCUUCCCAGGUUCGGAACACCUGGUGGAGUUGUGUUCUGUUCUUCUAUGGCUCUUGGUUUCUUGGCACUGGGGAGAGCUGGAUUUGCAGUAAAUCACAUGGAUGUUGCUCCAAGGUAUGCAGGAAUUGUAAUGGGGGUUUCUAACACAGCCGGUACCUUAGCUGGCAUUAUUGGGGUCGAUCUUACUGGUCGAAUUCUUGAAGCCGCUAAGGCUGCUCAGUUGGAUCUCACUAGUUCGGAUAGCUGGAGAGCAGUUUUUAUCAUCCCAGGGUCACUUUGUAUCUUUAGUUCAAUUUUUUUCCUUCUAUUCUCCACUGGGGAGAGAAUUUUUGACUGA